GAUUUUUAUUAAACGGUCAAAUGUGAUAAACGGUCCGUUAGAGAGGGUAAACGGAGUGUGGCUUGUGGAAGAAAAAAAUAUUGAGAAAGAGAUAGAGUGAGAGAGAGAGAGAAAAAAUCACGUUCAGCCUUCACCUCCGGGAAUUUAUUUUUAGGUUGGCGGCUUUGGUUUUGAGUGUGGGUUCCUCGAUCCGCUCUCAGUCGUCGGCCAUUUUCUUUCGUGUACGCUUUUCAGUUUUCAGUUUUCGCCCGUGCAUUUUUUAAUAAAGCAGGAGCGAGGAGCCGAAGGGGAGCCUUUCCGAGUCAGUUUCGAGCCGGUUCCUACAGUUUUCCAGGGUCAGCCUCCGCAGAGGGAAAACGACGGGGAGAUCCCGUUUCAAAAUCCAGGCCCUUUUUUUGGUUUUUUGUGUUUAGUGCCUUUUUUUUUUGUUCUUUUCCUCGUUAAAUCUCGACCCGGAAUAAUGGAGGAUAAAACGUCGUUGAAGGAGCUCGACCAGUGGAUCGAACAGCUAAACGAGUGCAAACAAUUGACGGAAAGCCAAGUGAAAACACUCUGCGACAAGGCAAAAGAAAUUUUGGCCAAAGAGUCCAACGUACAGGAAGUCAAAUGCCCGGUUACAGUAUGCGGCGACGUCCACGGCCAGUUUCACGAUUUAAUGGAAUUGUUCAGAAUAGGAGGAAGGUCUCCGGACACGAAUUACCUUUUUAUGGGAGACUACGUCGACCGCGGUUACUACUCCGUCGAGACGGUCACACUUCUCGUAGCCCUUAAAGUUAGGUAUAGAGACAGAAUAACAAUUUUAAGAGGUAACCAUGAAUCUAGGCAAAUCACACAAGUUUAUGGUUUUUAUGAUGAAUGCCUGCGCAAAUAUGGAAAUUCGAAUGUUUGGAAGUACUUCACUGACCUAUUCGACUACCUUCCCCUAACUGCAUUAGUAAACGGGCAGAUAUUCUGCCUCCACGGUGGUCUCUCUCCAUCAAUCGACUCCCUGGACCAUAUCAGGACACUAGACCGUCUACAAGAAGUCCCACACGAGGGACCUAUGUGCGACCUUCUGUGGUCGGACCCUGAUGACAGGGGCGGAUGGGGCAUCUCUCCACGUGGAGCCGGGUACACCUUCGGUCAAGACAUUUCCGAGACGUUCAACCACUCGAAUGGCCUUACUCUCGUCUCAAGAGCUCAUCAGCUUGUUAUGGAAGGAUACAACUGGUGUCACGACCGUAAUGUGGUAACAAUAUUCUCUGCCCCCAAUUACUGCUAUAGAUGUGGAAAUCAAGCAGCAAUUAUGGAAUUAGACGAUGCACAGAAAUAUUCAUUCCUCCAGUUUGACCCAGCACCAAGGCGUGGUGAGCCUCAUGUGACUCGCAAAACUCCUGACUAUUUCCUUUAAGUUAUCUCAACCAAUACAAUUUAUUUUUUCCUUUGCUGGGCAUCAUAAGUUUUUAUGGAAAACAAAAUUAAAUUACAAAAAAGAAAAGAGAAUCAUUCUAGGAUACUUGAAAUACUAUUACUAGCCGAAUAGCUAAAAUGAUGAAAAUAAUAUUGUACAGACUUUUAUCAUUAGAUAACUUCUUGUUAGUUUUUCAAUUUCUGAUUAUCACUUAUUCCUUGACUGUUUAAAACGGAAGAUAUGGAGGAAUUUUUAUAGUGUAAAAUAAUAUGGGUUUUUAUUAUCCGCUAAGUGAGUAUUUGAAAUUGUGUGAGGGGUGCUUUUAUCCACUGUAUUUCACAUGUCAAUAAUCAAGCCUUGUCUUAUGUAAGUAUGUCUUAUGUGUACAAAUUAUAAAAAGAAAAGAAAAUAUCUUUUGUGUAAUACGUAAUUGAUUAAUCCUACUUAAUACAGAAAAACAAAAAGAUAGAGUGGAGUCAUUAGCGUAGGAGGAGUUUGUGUGCGCCAUGGAAUGUGAAUAUUUACAUUUAAAUAGAAACACGAUAUUGUAUGUAAAAACAUCAAGAUGACUGAAUGCUCUGUUUUCCUAUUUUAACUGUUUAGUGAAUUUAUUAUUAUUAUUAUUUUUUUUUUUUAGAAUUUUGAAGAUAUUAAUACUUGAGAUACAAAUUAUAACAUAAAAAUUUGAAAUUACUAUUAUUAUAAAUAUACUUUUUAAGAACGAGGCACUACAUUUGAGAGGGUCUUUUAUAUGGUUAUAUUAUAAUUAUGUGUAUUUAAAUAUAAAGGCUUUUUUAAGAAAUGCAAAAAUAAAUUGGAUAAAAAAAUGUAAUACAACAGUUCAUCAGUAUUAUUUUACGAUAUAUAAUCAGUGAAUUUAACUCUGGAGAAGCAGUUUGUAAAUACAACAUUUCCGAUUUGA